AUGUCCCAUCACUACAACGGCGACGACGAGGACUACUUCCUCCCGCUCGAGGACCAGCGAGUCUUUGGCGCUGGCAUUAAGAGGAAACGCGUCCCGUUCGUCCGUCCUUCUGACCAUGGCACUCUCAGCACGACGGCCGACCAGGCUUCUUCUUCCGCCGUGCGUCAGACAAGCGAGCCCGCGACCAGCGUCGCAGAUCGAUAUCUUUCCAUCGUGCUGCCCAAGCGGAGACAACUGGAAAAGAAUCAGAAACUAGAUUCGCAGGAGGAUAAGCUCCGCGACGAAACUGCCUCUGCUCCUCCGUCCUUGGGGGGAACGACGACGACGUCGCCCGCUCUGCUUCCGCCGGAGGGAGAAGAAUCCCCUGACGAUAAGAAGAAGAACACAAUAACUCACGACGAAACCGUUGUCGUCUCGCAGCAGCAGAAAAUCUGCGAUGUGUGCAACCUCCCCCUGACAGAAACUACGACCUCUUCUAGAGUCACCACCGAUGGCGACAAACCAAGAACGCCUCACGAAGCCUCCAUCGCGCACCAAGUCUGUCUGACGCACUCGCAUCCACCAUCCCAUCUAGACCGUGCCCGCCAUGGCUUUCGCUACCUCGCCUCAUACGGAUGGGAUCCAGACAGUCGGCUGGGUCUAGGCGCGCCAGGACGAGAGGGGAUCCGGGAACCGAUCAAGCCGAAAGUGAAGCACGACACGUUCGGACUGGGGAUGCAGAUCGAUCCGGAGGCCGUCGCCGCCGUGCAGAAGAAGCAGCAGCAGCAGCAGGAGCAGCGGCAGAAGCUGAAUGCGAAACAGGUGCGUCUCAGGGAGAUGGAGGCCAAGAAGAAAAGUGACAAGCUGCGCGAGAUGUUUUAUCGCAGUGAUGAUGUCCAGCGGUAUCUGGGGGGUGAUGUAUAG